ACAUGUCCUUCUUAGUAUCGUUUUGCGACACUUUUGUUUCCUAUACUUUUCUGAAACCAGCAUUUACAUCUACAUUACAACAAAGAUAUACAUUCAAAUCUCUAUUUCAAUACACGAGUGAAGACACCCAGACCUACCAUGUCGGAACUUGCGGGAUUAGAGAAUGAUAUCAAGGAGUAUAAGCUGCAAGUAAGCUCGCGGGUUAUCAUUUUGAUUUUGUCGCGUAUUUACGAUGCUGAUAUUGUUAUAGCUAGAAACUGUUCAGUUGGGGCUUCAAGCUGAUCCUGAUAAUGUAGAGCUUCAGACACUAAAGGCUGAACUCGAAGAAGUCAUUUCCCUCACCGAGUCAACGAUCGCAGAACUAAAGCCAGCUCCAGCACCUGUAGCCCAACCAAUAAAAUCUUCGGAACCGCCAGUCAAGGAAAAAUGGUCGCGAGAAAACCACCCUGCCUUCAAGAAAGCAGCGCCACCUCCAGCAGAAGAGCCUGAAGUUGUCACGAGCUUUUCAGUCAACGAUAUGGUAUUGGCAAAAUGGCAUUCAGGCGACAAAGGGUUUUAUCCAGCCCGAAUCACAUCUAUAACUGGCUCGUCCACAUCUCCUGUCUAUAUUGUCAAGUUCAAAAACUAUGAUACCACAGAGACUCUGCGGGCCAAGGAUAUCAAACCCAUAGUCAACCCAAACAAGCGUAAAGCUGAUGGUACACCAGUCGUAGCUUCGGUUCCUACACCCCCAUCGACGUCGAAUGUUAUUUCAGCAGCCGCCGAUAUUGAUCCAGAGCUUGCGCAGCAAUCCAAGCGCGAGCCAAGUAAAGUCAGUGACGGGCCCACAAGACCAGCCAAGGUACCUAAGAAGAUCAAGGCAAAGAAAGAACUAGAUGACGGUAAGAAGAAAUGGCAAGAUUUUGCUGCGAAGGGAAAAUUUGGCAAGGCAGGGAAGAAGGACAGUAUGUUUCGCACACCUGAUGGCGUCAAUGGCAGAGGUAAGGAAUAUUCGUUUAAUCUUUUUAAAUUCGUAUUCUCUAACUGACUGUGUAGUUGGAUUUACCGGAUCGGGACAAAGUAUGCGAAAAGAUCCGACAAGAAGUCGUCAUAUAUAUCAAACGAACGGUGAUGAUGAAGGAUUUGCUUAGGAGCAAGAAAGGGAUGGGGAGAGAAAAGGGUAAUUCUCUGCAAGUAUAGGUGUUCAGGCCGGGAUUUCCCUUUCUACUUUUUCUUUUUCUUUUGCAUCAUCGCGGACAAUUGGAUGGAGGCUAACAUGGGCUUUGCGUACGAGGGCUAGACUUCUUCCUCGAAUGAACAUAAUUUCCUAACAGUAU